ACCUCCUAUCCCUACUCGCCAAAAACUUUCAAAUCCCUAACCUCCCUUCGUUUUCUCGAGAAACAAACAGAAACCCGAAAACCCUAUUUCCCAAUUCACUUAUUUCAACGGCACAAAGCUAACAGCAAGAAAAUCAACCGGAGGAAAAGCCCCAAGGAAGCAGCUAGCCACUAAGGUAGCCAGGAAGUCAGCUCCAACCAUGGGAGAAUAAAUAUUCUGGAAAAAGCUAAUUAUUAUCAAAGAGAAUCCUUUUCUUGCCAUGGGAGCAAUUGUAAAGGGGCAAUAGAACAUUUUGGAAGGUAUAUUAAAGAGGGAAAGUCUACCAUUCUCGGCACAUCUUUUUGGACACUAGAGGUAGAUUGUCAUCAUUUGAAACGAGAACUUCUAAAACUGCCGGUUGUCGAGAGCUUUUAGGUGACAGUACUUUACAAUUCGCUUAGCGUGUUUACAUGUUGCAGUCGUCAUUAUCCUUUUUAUUAAUCAAGAAGAUUAGAUACUUCAGCAGUUAAGAAAUAUCCCCACAAGAUGGAGUAUGUAGGAACAUCGGUUGAUGAUCAGCAGAUUGUCUUCUCCAGCGAAGAUGACUUUUUACGGUGAAACUUCAAGAGGCUCGUCUAAACUCUGUUUAGGCUGAUUAUUGCCUCAUUACAAUAGUCUUGUCGAGUACUUUUCAAUGGUGUAUUCAGAAUACACUUUCAAACAUUAUGAUUUCAGGUGCAAGCCAUCAUCUGGGUUCAAGCACAAGAUGGAAAAUGGUGGAACAUCAAGUACUAAUCAGCAGAUGAUUGAUCAGAGCCAUGGAAAUGUUGGCGAAGAGGAAAAUUCACAACUUCCACUUGAUAUUAACAAGUUGGCGAAGUCCUUGAGAGCGGAUAUGGAAAUGUUGCAUUCUUUCUCCGAUCAAUGUUGUAUCUACAGAGUCCCUAUUCGACUACGUGAGUCGAAUGAAAAGAUCUUCACACCUCAAGUAGUAAACCUUGGUCCACUUCACCAUGGAAAAGAAGAGCUUAAAGCAAUGGAGGAGCACAAAAUAUUGUACUUGCAAGAUUUUCUUAAAUGGAGCACGGCAAGCAUGGAGGACGUAAUUAAAGUUGUAGAGGAGAGAGAGACAAGAUUGCGUAAUUGUUACGCAGAAACCAUCGAUCUUGGUCGUGAAGACUUUGUGAAAAUGAUAUUACUAGAUGCCUCCUUCAUCAUCAUGGUCCUGCUCAAAGAUUGUUGUGAAGGAUUUGAAAGUAGCAAUGACCGUAUAUUCAAUAAACCAUGGAUGCUGAGCGAUAUAUCACUUGACAUGUGCUUGAUUGAAAAUCAGCUCCCAUUCUUCAUUCUUGAGGAUUUGUUUAAAGCAUCCAACAUAACCAAAUGUAGCCCUGCUGAAGAGGAAUAUUCAGUGAUUGAGCUUGCACACAAGUUCUUCGAAAAGAGAUGGGAUUCUUGGUUGAAAAAGGCAAUUUUGGAGGAAAUCAAUUCGUCUGAAGUAGCACAUUUUGUUGACUUCAUAAGAAAAUGUCAGAAGCCAUCAGAGUCAGAUAAAACGGACAAAGAACUCGAGACCAUAAACGUACCAAGUAUAACUGAACUCGAUGAAGCUGGAGUUAAGUUCAGCAGCUUUGAACAGGGCAAAAGUUUACUCGACAUGAAAUUCGAUAGAGGGAUCCUGGAAAUGCCACUAUUGAAAAUAGAUGACAACACAGAAAUCUUAUUCAGGAAUAUCCAGGCAUUUGAGCAAUGCCAUUGCGACGAAUAUUAUAUAGCUAACUAUAUUUCAAUGAUCAAUUUCCUUGUCAUUACUCCUAAGGAUGUGGAAAUCCUUGUUCGAAAUGGAAUUAUAGAAAACUGGAUACAUGACUAUGAAGCAGUUACGACUCUUCUUCAUAAUAUUUCCAAGGAAAAUGCUCUCUCCGCGGAUGAUUUCAUCUUCGCUAGUCUCGUUGAAGAUCUGAAUGCAUACUGCAGGAGGCGUUGGAAUAAAUGGAAGGCAACCUUGAAACAAGAGUAUUUCCAUACUCCAUGGGCCAUAAUCUCUCUUAUCGCAGCCUUGGUUCUCCUCAUACUCACUAUGGUGCAAACUGUGUGUUCUCUUAUUCAACUGUAGCUUCCAGGAUUUCAAUUACGUGUCCCAUGGAUUUGGAUUGCUGUGUGAUCAAUGCUUGUCUCUUUCAUGUUUUGUUUUUUCCCCCCUCAAUUAGUAUGUAUAAGUUUCCAGUAGCACUAUGCUUCAGAAUGUUAUCCUUGAUUAAUAUAAGAUCAAAGCAAAUGAUUUGUCAUGCUA